UAUUUUUCCAAUGAAGAUGCAAGAUCCGAUGAUGUCGAUCGAAUAGCGCAUUGUUGCUGUUUUGUGAGUUGUAAAAAACUUAGAAAAAUCUAGUUAGAUGUUAAAUAGAAUUCCUGUAAGCCAAACUUAAUCUUUAUUAAUGAAACUGAACAUUAUUAUUAUGAUCGAAAAAGCUGUAGUGUAAGCAUUAAAAAUGAGUGACAAUAUCAAAGUAGUAGUAAAAGUUCGACCUCUCAUUCCUCGAGAAAUUGAAGACAAACUUUUUUAUCAAUGGCGUGUAAAAAACACUACGUUAUAUCAAAUAGAUCAAAAUGGGAGAGAUUGUGGUCAAAAUUUCACAUUUGACAAAGUUUACGACAAGGAUGCUAAAACUAGUGAAGUGUACAACGAUAUUGCUAAGCCGAUUGUGGAGGCGGCAAUUGCGGGAAUUAAUGGCACUAUAUUUGCUUACGGUCAGACAUCGUCAGGCAAAACACAUACUAUGACCGGGACUGAUGAAUCCCCUGGUAUUAUACACCUGGCUGUGUUAAAUUUGUUCGAUUUAAUUAGGAAAAUUCCAGACAGAGACUUUCUUCUCAGAGUCUCAUUUGUUGAAAUAUAUAAUGAAACACUAAUAGAUUUGCUUGAUGUAACAAAAAAUAUUAAAAUAUGUGAUACUCAUAAUGGUGUUAGAGUUGAUACUACUGAGAAAGUGACAUCAUCACCAGGAGAAGUGUUAGAGUUUAUGAAGCAGGGUGAAGCAAAUAGACAAACAGCAUCAACAAAUAUGAAUGACAAAAGUAGUAGAUCUCACUCAAUUUUCCAAAUUACAAUAGAAUCUCGUGAACAUACAGAAGAUGAAGAGGAAGUCGGGUCAGUGAACAUAUCACAGUUAAACUUAGUAGACCUCGCAGGGUCAGAGCGUGCUGGGCAGACAGGUGCCACUGGAAUCCGGUUUAAGGAAGGCACACAUAUUAAUAAGUCGCUUUCGGUAUUGGCACUUGUUAUUAAACAACUAUCUGAAGGACAAAAUAAACACGUAAGUUAUCGUGACAGUAAAUUGACACGCAUUUUACAAAAUUCUCUCGGAGGGAAUGCGAAGACCAGCAUUAUAUGUGCAGUUACACCUGCAGUUGUCGAAGAAACCAUAUCAACACUACAAUUUGCAUGUAGAGCUAAAGCAAUCAAAAACAGACCAGAAGUAAAUGCAGUGGCAACAAGCUCAAGUAUGAUACAAAACCUUACCAAACAAUUAUGUGCUCUCAAAACUGCACUUGAGAACAAGAGGAAUGUGGAGCAAGACAACUGCAACCUUCAGAAACAAAUAGCAUGUCUGCAAAAGUUGAUUUUGAACGGUUUUCACCAAAGAAGUAGCUCGGAUCUCAUAUCUGGUGCGAGAAGAAAACUUUGUCCACCGAGGCGUAUGACAAUAUCAACUUUACACCCAAUAGAGGAAGAUCCAACUCCGUCCAUACCUAAGUUUUGCACUCCCAGUUUAAAGUACAAUGCUUUUUUAAUACCGGGUGGUUCCGACCUCGCACCGCACAGUAGCGCAUCUCUCUCAUGCCUCACAGAACAACCAGCGAGAGCUAUCACACCGCCAUUUAGAGACAAAAAAGUAAACUUUAAUGACGAAAUUAUUGAAUUAGAUAGCGACGACGACACACCGACGGAUGUUCAAACUUGUUCGCCGGUUCACAAUUGCUAUGAUUCCUCCAAAACUCCACCAUGCGUCUUGCGAAGAAACUACAAAGAAGCCGAAAAGAACUAUAGAGACAUUAUUAAAUUCACUGAAAGAGAGAAAAUUUACCCGCCUGAUACGGUCGAACUAAUUAAAAAAUUAGAAGAAAAGUCGCUGGCUCUAUUUAAAGUAGAGGCAAGUUUAAACGCAUUAACUGAUGUAUGUAAUGAAAAGGAUAAGCAAAUAGAACAAUUACAAGAUACUAUAACGCAAACUGAACUUGAACUAAAAAAUAUGACCACAGCUAAGUUGGAUUUAGACGCACAAUGUGUACAAUAUCAAACUAAAUUAACCGACUGGGAAGUGAGUUACGAAACCCUCAUGAAAAAGUCAAAAAAUAGGGAAAAAGAACUACUAUCCCUAUUGGAAGAUCAUUCUGCAAAGAAAACGAAAGAGAAUGGUACAAUGUAUUCUCCACUCAAAGGUCAAGAACAAAGUGUGUUAUCUGAUGGAUGUAGAACAUCAGCAAGUGAUUCUUCAGAUUCUGACUUAGCUUCAAAACAGAUCCGUGAUAUGGCUGCUGAAUUAGAAGCACAAAUUGUGUUAAAGGAACAAACUAUCAUUGAGUUACAAGCUACUAUAUCAGCUCAUAAGCACAACAUAGAGACAUUAGAAAAUGUUAACCGAGAAACGAAAGAAAUGCUAGCUGACUACAGACAAAAUGUCUUACUAAUAGAGACCGAAAAUGAUAUUUUAAAAUCAAAAAUAAGUGACCUCAAUUCUUUAGUUGAAAGUCAAAAAUCAGAAAUUAAAACAUUUAAUGCUGAUAUUGAUUCUUAUAACGCUGUGAUUCAAGAUUUGAAAGAGAAGUUAUUGCAGAAAGAUAAAUUGCUCAUUAGUAACACAAUAGUGGAUGAUAAAGAUAUAGAAUCAUUGAUAGCAUUGGAAGAAUCAUUUAUUGCAAACAAUGAAAAUAUCAGGAACAUAAUAAAUUCUCUGAAGAGUGUUUUAGAUAAUAAAAAUGAGGAAAUAGGAAAAUUAAAAUCUAGUUUAGCGAAUGAAGAACAGUCCAGCAAAGAAAAUAAAAAUACUAAUUCAAAACAUCUCAUUGAAAUAGAAAAACUAAAAGAGCAGAAUGGUGAUUUGAUUUCUACAAUAAGUACUUUAGAAGAAAAGUAUACUGUUCAAGAAGAAAUUCUCAAGUCCAAAACUAUACAAUUUGAAUCAGAAAUAAAUACUUUAGAAGAAACUAUACAAUCAAAAGAAAAUAUUAUCAGCUCAUUUAUUAAUGAAAACAACAAAACCCAAGGAGAUUUAAAUUUAGCGAAGUUAACACUUAAUAAACUACAGGAUGUUAUUAUUUUGUUGUCAGGAAAUAUUCAAGACAUACCAGAUAUGUUUGACGAUUUUGCAAGCGUUUUCAAAGUUUUUGGUGAUAAUUUAAAUACCUUAGAAUGCGUUGUUCAGUGUAGCAUUAAAGAUAAAAAGUGUUUGCAAGAAUUAAUAAAUAAACAUGAAAAAGAAAUAAUAAAACUUCAAGAAGAAUUAGAUAAUGCUAGUGAAAUAGUUGACUCAGCUUCAGAUUUUAUUGGGUUCACUCAGACGUCAAAUAAUAGUGUUGCAGAUGAAGAAAGUAUUAAAUUUAGGUUAGGCUCCAAAAUUAAAACACUGAUUGAUGGUGUAAAAUAUAUGCAAGACAAUUUUCUUCAAAAUAUUAACAGUAAAGAUACAGAAAUUACUAAUUUAAAAUCCGAUAUUUUAGUAACCGUAUCAAAUCUUAAUGAUAAAUCAAAAGAAUUAGUAUGUAAAAGUCAAGAACUGCAAGAAGUUUUAGUUGCACAUGAUAAUAUCUUACAUGGUAUAGUGAAUAAGAUAAUGGAUUUAGUAUUGGAACUCAAAAUUGAAAAUAUUUCUGUUGAAUGCUCCAAAAGCACCAACUCUCCUGAGCUUAUUUCUGAGUAUAUAAAUAAACUGGCAAGCGAGAUUCGGACUAUUCAGACCAAAAAUGAAAGCAAUAAUUCCAACAACCUACAAGUAAUAGCGGAUGCCAAAGCAGAAAUAAAACAACUAAAUGAAGAAAACCUAAGAUUAAGUAAUGCUCUUUCACAAGUCAAAAAAGAAAACUCUACUCUUUGUGAGGAAAUCGCAUCUAUUAAAACUAAUAAAGAAGAUAUUAUAGGUAAUUUAACGACAAGCAACAAAGCAUUGGGUCAAUUGCAAAAUGAUCUUGAAGCAAAAUCAAGUGAAAUUGAUGUUUUGCAAAACAAAGCACUGGAAUGGAAGGAACAGUUUUUGAACCUGGAUACAACAAUGAAACAAGAACUUGAUAAACUUGAGUUUGAGAAUUCUCAAUUAAGGAAAGAAUUGGAAAGAUUAAGUAGCAACGAAAGUAUAGUAGUAGAGAAAAAUAAUCCUAAUGUUAAUAAGGCACAAGAAAAUUCCGAAGAGAUUCUAGACCUAAAAUCACCUCCGAGUCUUCUAACUAUUUGUUGCGAUACGAUAUUAGAUGCGAUACAGCCUAGCGAAAAUGAAACGUCGACUUCUCCUUCUACUACUAAUACAAGUUCGUGUGAUUCAAAAGUUCAGCUUUCUUGCAGAUGUGACCAACUACAGUCUAAAGUCGAUAUUUUACAAAUUGAAAAUGAGAAUUUUAAAAUGAGCUUGCAUAACUUGCAAGAUUAUAAUAAGAGCCUAGUUUUAGAAUUAGAAGAAGCAAAAGGUGAAUUACUACUGCUACUAGAUUUGACACAUGAAUUACAGAGGAAAAUUGUAAACCAUCGAACGAAUCUAUCUACAUUAACAGCUACAACAUACGCGGAAAAUAUAUCUCUUAGUUCCCAACUUAGAUCACUUCAACACUAUCACAGCUUAUUUUAUAGGGCAUGUGAAAAAGACAUACCAGAAGUAAAAAAGGAGUUGCAAGAACUUAUGGAUUUACUUAAAACUGGAAACCCGUUAACAAAUGAAAGUUGCCGCAGAUAUUCCUUGCCCACUGCUUUGGAGAACAGUGCCAGUCAACCAUCGAAGUGCGAGUCAAUGUUAGAUGGAGAUCUCCUUAUGUUAGACACUAAUAUAACUUUAACAACAUGUGAUAAUACUCUAACUGGACAUGAACAAAGUUGUUUUGAUGCAACGCAAUCUUCCAUAGAUGUAGGUUGUCAGACAAACAAUUGUAGUGAAAUUACUGAAAUCCAAAAUCCUUCAAUACAACAAGACACGACACGCAAAAUAUUACAAAAUGUUGAAUCAUUAAAACUCGAAAAUUAUAAGUUGCAAGAAAUUGUAUCGGAAUAUGAACUUAUUAAGCAAAAUAAGUUAAAGUAUGUUGAUUCCCAAAGUAGCCCAAUUAAAGUUAAUUUUAUUAAAGAAGAGUGUGAAAAAUGUCUAGAGCUUCAGGACAGCAUAAAAAAUCACAAUGAUAUUUUAAAUGAAAAUGAUACAUUACGUCGACAAUUAGCUGAGAUAACCAGUUUAAAAGAUGAUUUAGAAACUAAAUAUAAGACGUCUGUAGCUGAAUUAGCUUCAACAGAAGCGUUAUUCACCAAAUUAAAGAACUUUGAAAAAGAUCUGACAUCAAAAUCCCACGAAAUUUCAAAGCUUACAUCAUUAAUUAAUAAUAAAAAAGUAGAGUUAGAUAAGUUACAGGAGGAAAAUGACUCAUUAUCAAAUCAAGUCAUGGACAAUAUAUAUGAAGUUGAAACUCUAAAAAAAGAAAUAGACUCCUUAAAGCAAAACAACCUAGAAGUAGCUCAAAAGCACGCCAAACUCCAGGAAGCGUAUGAUAUCCUGGAUGAGGAACAUUUUAAUAGUCGUCAUUUAGAAGACCAAUGCCAAGAGUGUAUAAAGAAAGAUGAUAUAAUUAAAUCGUUACAAAGCACUGUGUCUGUGUCCAGAUACAAUAAAAUAUGUACUCUUCAAAGUGAGCUUCACGCUGGUAAAGAGGACUGCAACGAACUAAAAAAUGAAGUUACGAAUAUAAAAAAUCAUUUAGAUAAAAGCAACAUUUCAAUCGUUCAAGCUAUGGACUUGGAUGACAGCAUAGGGGACUCUAAUUUAAUGUCAUUAAAAAAAAGCGACCUUGAUAAUAAGUUUAUUAUGCAGGAUUUUCCAAAAGAACGGCCAUUAGACGUGUACACACUAGACAAAGUCGACUGUGUUAAUUACUGCAUUGAAAUUACUGGAUUAGAUGAAGAAAGCUUUACUUAUGAUAUGAAAGUUAUUGAUGUUAUGAAAUUGCUGUACACGAAUAUUCUCACAAAACACAAUAAUGAAAUAGAAAAUUUAGUUAAUAAAUUAAAGGACUUUGAAGAAUCAAAACAGACAUUACAAACUGACUUUAACAAUUUAAUGUAUAACCAAGAAAAGCUAACAAAAGAAAUCAAUGAAAAAAAUGUCUAUCUUCAAGCAAUGGCCAAUGUUGUAGCCAAUAUUAAAAGUAAUUUGAGUGGUGUAAUCAAUACAAUAAAUGAAUCCGAAUUAUCUGAAGUACUCGAUUUGUACAAAAAUAGUUUCUUUAAAUUUAUUGACAAAGAAUUUGGUUUAUCUAGCCUUGAAAUAUUUGAUUGUAUUUUAAAUUUAAUAGAUGAAAAACAUACAUCAGAAAUGAUUAAACUAUCUGAAGAAAAUAGCUCUCAUCAGACGAUUUCAGAAAAUCUUAUAAUGUUGAAUAAAGAAUUGGAGACUGCUAAAUCUGAUUUACUUAAUAAGGAAAAAGAAUACAAUCUUCUUCAAUUGCAAAAAGAAAAAAUGUUUGAAAUUAAUAAUUGUGUCACCCUAAACAUAGUACAAAAAGAAAAGCUUCUUCAUGACACUACAAAUGAGAUUUAUCAGGAUCUCGUUGGUAAAAAUCUUAUUAAUAAAGAAGCUGUAAAUUUAUCUAUGCCAUUUAAUGAAAUAAUUCCAAUAAUGUUUAAAUGUGCUACACAACAGCAACAGUCGGUAAAUGAAGAGAAUACUAAAUUAACUUUAGAAAUUAAUACUAUGAAAGUUUCAUUGGCUGAAAAGAAUAAAGAAGUAUCUAUAUUACAAGAAGAAAUUAGCAAAGUUAGUAACAUAAAUGCGCAGAUUAGCGAAGCAUUGAAUGACAAGGAAGCACAGCUUAAGGAACAAAUAUCAGUCCAUGAUAUACUUAAAUGUACUUAUGACAAAAAGGUUGAAGAAAAUAACACUAAUCUAACAAUAAUUACAAAUCUUACCGACCAGAUUAAUAUAAUUAAGGAAACCAUUGAACAAAAAGAAGUUGCUUUGCAAGCCUUACAAUCUCAGAUGCACAGUCAACAGCAAAAUAGUCAAACUGCUGAGGUGGUUAAGGAAUUACAGAAAUAUAAAGAUGAGAUAGAUAAAUUAAAAUCACUGAACAACAUUUUAAACCAAGAAAAAGAAUCGGCUUCUGUUGAACUGCAAAAAGCUAACGAUAUUAUAAAACAAAACAAAUUAGAUUUAGAAAAGAUAACAUCAGACAUGUUAAUAUUGAAGGAAGCUGUAGAUCAAAGUUCCAAUGACAUGGAGAGUUUAAGGAAUCAAUCAAAGACAUUACUAGAUCAGAAUAAAUUGCUACAUGAAGAGAUAAAAGAGAAAACAAAAGAAUUUUCUCGACUUGAAACUAAUAUCAAGACGUACCAGAAGUCAGCCGAAUUCCAAUGCAAGAUGAUUUCAAGAUUAAAGAAAGAGAAGGCAGAUAUAGAGAAAUCAAAUGUUGAAUAUAUUGAGAAGUUGUCACAAUUGACAGCAUUGUUGGACGAGUUAAAAUCAAAGGACGCUUUACACGCGGAAGAAGUCAACUCCUUGAAGAGUAUUAAGGCCAGUUUGGAGAACCGUAUAUCAGAAUUAGAAAAAGAUAUUCAAAGUAAACGGACGUCUAUCGAAGUGAAUGGUAACAGGAGCAGACGACAAAGUCUCUAUGACUCACACAGGACCUUCUCCGAAAAUGACGACGUUACAGAUCCAAAGAAGGUUGAAGCCCUAUUCAAGUCUCGUAAAUGUGAUGAUCUAUUUAUGGACGUAGACGAGGGAUCCAAUAGAAGUACACCAAUCAGGCUCAGUAAAGGACGAGACAGCCUAGCUUCUAGACACGAACAGAGUGAAGAAGAGGGCUCCCGAGCAAGUAGCGUGCAAGCGUCACGACGUCGAAGACAAAGUAUUCACGACGCAUACCGCAGUGCUUUGGAUACCUCCCGAAGACAUAGCGUCGAUCGAAACAACGAAUCUUCAGGCAGCGAUUCGGGCAGUGAAGUAUCUAAACUGCGCAAGCAGCUGUCAGUUUGCCAGGAGGAAUUGGAAGAGUGGAAAGAGAAAUUCCGGGAAGUUGACGAAGAGUGUGAGAUCUGCGCUCAAUAUCUUCGCGAAAGAGAUGAGCAGUGCCGCCAGCUGAAGGUGGAUAAGCGGAGUCUUGAGAUCACGAUCGAGGAAUUAAAAGAAAAAUUCAAAGGCGUCAACGUCUCCAAAACCAGUUCAGUCGAUAUUGCCGUCAAUACUGAAGAAGAUUGGGCGAAUCUCCACUCUGUGGUGGUGGACAGAAUGUCUUACGAUGCCGAGGUCGAGAAAAAUAAGAAGUUAUCGAGAACAAUAGAAGACCUUCGCUAUCAAAAACAAGAGUUGAAGAAUACUUUGACCAAAAUGCAGAAGAGUAUUGAGAAAAACACGUCAAAAGAUAGAGAGCUAGAAGCAAUUAGGUCUGAGCUAAAAGCCUGUCAACGUGAGCUUGACCAAGUGAAGGAACGCAAUCGGGAAUUGGACGAAGAGUGCGAGACUUGCUCAGAAUAUCUCAAGGAAAGAGAUGAACAGAUCAAGAAACUGAAGGAAGCGAAGAAGGUGCUAGAGAACAAGUUAAUGGAUUACGAAGAUAGCAGUAUUUGUUUGUCUGUCCGGAAGAAGCGUCAGACGUUGCACGAUCUUAACCGACAUUCAAAUGGGGAAUUAGUUGACGCAGCCACUGAAACUUGUGCAGAUUUAAACAUCCAACAAGAAAGAGAUGAAAACUCCAAAAAGGCAGAAUUACAUUCAAAGGAAUUAAAACGACUUAAAUUGACGGUAGAGAAGCUCACACAACAAAAGCUGACAUUGGAACAGCAGUUGGCCGCCAUGACGGCUUCAACACCGCUUUAUGUGUCCACUGGCAGCUCUAUCGUACAGCAACAACAGUUUUCGGACGUGAUCAAAGAAAAUCAAAAACUCAAGUCUUUGAACGCCAAACUCACGAAAAUUUAUCAAAAAAUGAAAUAUCAGAACACUAAUCGCGAAAAUGAAGAUCCCGCGGACGAGAUUAAUACGUAAAUGACAAUUUGGGCUUAUUUCUGUGUAUUACCCUCAUAACCUUGAUUCAAGCAUUGUUAUAUUUACAUACAUUGAUUCGUGAAUUUUCAUAAAUAAUGCAAAAUGAUUUAUUUGUUUGAAAGGGGAAUUUUAUUUUGAUUUAUUAAUUUUAUUUGUUUUCUAGCUAAAUAAGUACAGUUCAAUCUGAAUAUAACACCUCUCCUAAAGCGAACUCUCUAAUACGUAAUCAGAGGUCGUUACGAUCGAGUUGGUAACUAAAGAAUAUAAUAAUAAUAGUAUACGCCAUAAACAGCAGUAUACCAAUAUGUUACCAUUUUUAGCAUCUAUUAAAAUUAAUAGUCUAAUCUAAAAGUAUUUUAAAAAAUGUUCAAAAGAGAUUUUAUACAAAUCUAAGUACUAAAUUAUUUAUGGUUUCUAAUACAUUUUCUUGCUUUGAUUUAAAGAAACCAUAUAUAUAACCGCUUUCAACAGUACUUUAAUAAAUACUAAAAAGUUAGUGAGAAACCAUUUUUUAUAUCAAAUUAGACAUUUUUUGUCAAAGAUUUAGUAAAAUAACUAACUGGUGAGUGAUCGUUAGAGUCAAUAAUUUUUCUGAAUGUGUUUAAAAUAUAUGAGGAACGAAUAUUUCCUAGUAAUUUUAAAGCUUGGUUUAAAAUAAGCUGGUCUUUUUUUUGCAAUUUGAUUUUUUCAAUAACUUUGCCUUAAUAAUGUGUAAGACUGUCUAAAGGUGCAUUCCGAAGGCAUUUAUGUGUGAUUUUAGAUUAUAUUUUCACCAUUUUAAAAACCUGAUUUGCUUAACAGUAUUAUUGUACUUAAUGUGACGUUACAAUUAAAGCACAAAUUAACCAAAUAUAAUUGACAAAUAUAUUGUAUAUUAUCGAGAUAAUUAUAAAAUGGUGCCUGUAAUUAAUAAAUGAAUGAAAGUAA